AAAUGGCCUUUAGCUGCACGGAACUAUAACCCCAGGCACAAGACACAGCGCUGGUUUUGUGAGGCAAUCGGUUCCCAUAAAACCACGUGCAUCCCACGCUCUGGGUCUGGGAAGCGUUCCAGUGUCCAUCAGCACCUCCUGUGCUGUGCAUUCCUGAGAAACCAACCCCCCCCCCCCCCCCCCCACACGCACAGUUUAGUGCCCGGAGCCCGGAGGCGUACGUGUACGUCGCAUCCCAGCGCAGCGAUGCCGGUCACCGCCGGCGCCCGGACCACCCUCCUCCUCUUCGCCACCGCAGUGGUGCUAGCGUGCACUUCAGCGCCGCCGGCAUGCCAUGCCGCGCACAACAUCACCGCCAUCCUCUCCGGGCACCGGGACCUCGCCGAGUUCGGCCGCGAGCUCGCGGCCACGGGGCUCGCGGACGACAUCGACGACCGGAACACGAUCACUGUCCUGGCCGUGGACGACGCCCACAUGGCGCCGCUGAAGGCGCGCGGCCUGCCGCGGGAGACGCUGCGGCACGUGCUCUCCCUCCACGUCCUCGUCGACUACUACGACGACGCGAAGCUGCACCGCCUCCCCGGCGGCUCCGCGGACGUGUCCACGCUGUUCCAGGCCUCGGGCGACGCGCCGGGGAGCGCGGGCAUGGUGAGGGUCGCGGAGCGCCGGGGCGGGCGCGUGGCCUUCGCGCCCGAGGACGACGCGGGGAGCGCCGCCGCCGCCGUGUUCUACGUCGGGCCCGUCCACGAGGCGCCCUACAACAUCUCGGUCCUCUGGGUGAGCGGCGUGAUCUCGUCCCCCGCGGCCGAGGCGCCCGCGGCGGCGGCCGACCGGCCGCCGAGCAGGCGCAACGUGUCGGACGUCAUGUCCGAGAACGGGUGCGGGCGCUUCGCCGGCCUCGUCGCCGCCACGGGCGACGCGGCCGCGACGUUCGAGAGGCAGGCCGACGGCGGCGGCGGGCUCACGCUGUUCUGCCCGGCGGACAGGGCGGUGGAGGCGUUCCAGCCCACGCUGAACAGCCUCUCCGCCGACGCCCGGCUCGCGGUCGUGCUGUACCACGGCGCGCCGGGGCACCACUCCAUGCAGGCGCUGCGGGCGGGCGACCAGGACCUGCGCACGGCGGCCUCGCUCGACGGGGGCAGGUCCCACUUGGCCCUGGCCGUGCGCAACGUCCGCGGCAGGGUGACGCUGCUGGCCUCCGCGACGCGCGACGUGGCCAGGGUCACCCGCACGCUCGCGGACGAGGAGGCCGUCGCCGUGUAUAUGAUCGACGCGGUGCUGGUGCCGGGUAACCUCACGGCGCAAGGAACUGCAGGGGGGACGGAGCACGGCGAGCUCACGUCCGGUUCGGGCGGGGAAGAAGACGGCGGAGGAGGCGGUGUUCGCCAGAGCAGUGGCUCCAGGGCUCUGGCUCCGGCUCCGUGCUGGCUACCGCGUGGAUGGUUCGCCGCUUGGGCGCUUCUGCUCGCUCUUCUGGCGGCGUUUGCGGCGUCUGGUUGAGUGAUCGAUCGGCGGGUCGUCCGUUCGUCUUCCACCGGCGUCGAUUGUUACUGUUAGGUUGUGAUCUGUGUCCGUGUGCGCGUGCGUGUCGAUCAUGUCUGUGCUUAAAUUUUUCGUCGACUCUGUGUCAGUCCCAUUGAAACCUGUCGUUAUGCUUUUGAGUGAAAGUGACCGAUGAUCAUAUAUGCAGAUGCCUGAGACUGUGAGUUGAGGUGGAGUCUGUUCAAACGAAAUUAAGGGCUUCAUCGGUUCGUUUCCACAA